CAGGCUCCCCAGCCAAUUCAGACACACCCACCCAUCAUUGCAACUGCCCCACAACCUGUGAAGACAAAAAAAGGGGUGAAGAGGAAAGCAGACACCACCACACCCACCACCAUUGACCCAAUUCAUGAGUCACCUUCACUGCCCACGGAACCCAAAUCUACAAAGCUGGGUCCCCGUCGGGAAAGUAGCCGCCCAGUAAAACCUCCAAAGAAGGAUGUCCCAGAUUCUCAGCAACAUGCAGUAGAGAAGAGUAAUAAAGUGUCAGAGCAAUUAAAAUAUUGCACUGGCAUUAUCAAGGAGAUGUUUGCCAAGAAGCAUGCAGCCUAUGCUUGGCCUUUUUAUAAACCUGUGGAUGUGGAAGCCUUAGGCCUGCACGAUUAUUGUGAUAUCAUCAAGCACCCAAUGGAUCUGAGCACAAUCAAAUCUAAACUGGAGACCCGAGAGUACAGAGAUGCUCAGGAAUUUGCUGCAGAUGUCCGAUUGAUGUUUUCCAAUUGUUACAAGUACAACCCUCCUGACCAUGAGGUAGUAGCCAUGGCACGUAAACUACAG